GGCUGAGAGGGGCCACGGGGAAGAUAAAAGAGCUGUGCUCGUCGCUCCUGCUUGUACACCACUGCACACUGCUGCUGUGUAUGAAGACUGAAAGAGAGGAGGACCCGACCACGACUGUGCCCGACAACUUGUACAAUGGACGCUGCAGAGUUCCGGAGGAGAGGGAAGGAGAUGGUAGACCUGAUAGCAGAUUACCUGGAGAACAUAGAGCAGAGGCCAGUGUACCCUGACGUGGAGCCUGGGUACCUGCGGUCCCUCAUCCCUGAGGAGGCCCCUGAGGAGCCCGACACCUACGAGGACGUGGUCAAAGACAUUGAGAGGGUCAUCAUGCCUGGGGUGACCCACUGGCACAGCCCGUACUUCUAUGCCUACUUCCCCACGGCUAACUCCUUCCCGGCCAUGCUGGCAGACAUGCUGUCUGGAGCUAUUGGUUGCAUCGGAUUCUCCUGGGCUGCCAGCCCGGCAUGUACAGAGCUGGAGACAGUCAUGAUGGACUGGCUGGGGAAGAUGCUCAAGCUGCCAGAGGAGUUCAUCGCCGGGACACACGGACAAGGAGGAGGUGUCAUCCAGGGUACGGCCAGUGAGGCGACUCUGGUGGCUCUCCUAGCUGCCCGCUCCAGGGCGGUCAGAAUGAUCCUGGCCAGUGACCCACAGCGUCCAGAGACUGGCAUUACCUCCAAACUGGUGGCCUACUCCUCCGACCAGGCUCAUUGCUCGGUGGAACGAGCAGGUAUGUUUGCCGGAGUGAGGAUGAAGAAGAUUCCAACGGAGCAGUCCGACAAGUACGCUGUCCAGGGAGAGACCCUCCGGAGAAUGAUACAGGAAGACAAGGCUGCAGGACUCAUCCCCUUCUACUUCUGUGCUACUCUUGGGACCACUCCCUCGUGUGCAUUUGAUCACAUUACUGAACUUGGGCCCAUAUGUAAUGCAGAGAAAAUCUGGAUGCACAUUGAUGCUGCAUAUGCUGGGAGUUCCUUUAUUUGUCCUGAAUUCAGACCCCUUUUGAACGGCAUUGAGUUUGCAGACUCAUUCAAUUUCAACCCACACAAAUGGUUGUUAGUCAACUUUGACUGCUCUACAAUGUGGGUGAGGAAAAGAUCUGAUCUCAUUGGGGCCUUCAAGAUGGAUCCUCUAUACCUGAAACAUGAUCAUCAAGAGUCAGGGCUGGUCACAGAUUACAGGCACUGGCAGAUUCCACUGGGCCGAAGGUUCCGCUCUCUCAAGAUGUGGUUUGUGUUCCGGAUGUAUGGGCUCAAAGGCCUUCAGGACUACAUCCGUAAGCAUGUGGAGUUGGCCAAAGAGUUAGAGAGCCUGGUUCGCGCUGACCAGCGCUUUGAGAUCAGCGCAGACGUUGUCUUGGGGCUGGUCUGCUUUAGACUAAAGGGCUCCAACGAGGUGAACGAGACCUUGCUGAAGAGGAUCAACAAUGGCAGGAAGAUCCACCUGGUGCCGUGCCUGCUGUCUGGUCAGUUUGUGCUGCGCUUCGCCGUCUGCGCCCGCACUACCGAGUCACGUCACAUCCGCGAGGCCUGGCGACUCAUCACACAGCUGGCCGAAGAGGUCAUGCAAGAGCUGCCCCACUGACCAUCCACAUUGACUAGACAGGCUGGUUUGGACCAGGAGCUGUAAGAGUGCAGGUCUAGGAUCAGGUCCCCCCCCUGUCCAUUCAUUAAAAUAUAAAAUAUAAAAAAUAUAAAAUAAAAUAUUGAAUCUCAGUCAAUGGAGGCUGCUGAAGGGAGGACGGCUCAUAAUAAUGGCUGAAACGGAGCGACUGGAAUGGCAUCAAACCAUGUGUUUGAUACCAUUCCACCGAUUCCGCUCCAGUCAUUACCACGAGCCCAUCCUCCCUAAUUGAGGUGGCACCAACCUCCUGUGAUCUCACUGUGUUUACAUCAUCAGCAUACUGUAACUACAGCCCUUUCUCUUUGCUGUCUCAUCCCAUGUGUGUAUUUACAGUGCCUUGCGAAAGUAUUCGGCCCCCUUGAACUUUGCGACCUUUUGCCACAUUUCAGGCUUCAAACAUAAAGAUAUAAAACUGUAUUUUUUUGUGAAGAAUCAACAACAAGUGGGACACAAUCAUGAAGUGGAACAACAUUUAUUGGAUAUUUCAGUUUUAUAUCUUUAUGUUUUAUAUCUUUAUGUUUGAAGCCUGAAAUGUGGCAAA